AUGUUAUGUAAGGUUAAAGAUGAACUUAGAGAGGGGUUUGAGACUGAGGAUUGGUUAAAUAAAAGAUACAGAAUCAAAGAUGGUUACAAGUGGCUUCAGGGUAGCAUGGAAAAAGUAAAUUGGUAUGACUGGGUCUGGAAUCACUUCAACAUUCCCAAGCAUACUUUUAUUAACUGGCUUUCAGCGUUGGACAGGCUCAGAACUAGAGACAAACUUGUUCAGUUUGGGGUAUGUGACUCUACUGAAUGUCUUCUGUGUGGAGAGGAUGUUGAGACCAGUAAUCACCUGUUCUUUGCUUGCAGCUAUAGUGCAAAGGUUAUUGAUGAUGUUGCUUAUUGGCUUGGACUUCAUAAUUCCCUUCUGCAUUCUCUUAAUAAUUGGAAGAACUGGAAAGAAAGAGGCAAAAACUCUAUUCAGCAGAGAGUGGCUCUGGCUUGCUUGUCUGCAGUUGUGUACAAUAUUUGGAUGGCUAGGAAUCAUGCUCUAUGGUAUAAAGUUGUACUAAGGCCAGAUUUGCUAUCAAAAGGGGUAAAGAGAGAAGUUGUGACUAGAUGUCAGCAAAUGAUCAAUCAUACAUGGAAGAUUGAAGAUUGUCUUGUUUUCCCUGAGCCCUUCCUAGAAGGUACCAGGGAUCUCUUUGACCUGGUUUUGGUUUUAUGUUCAUGCUUUAAGCCCUUCCUAGAAGGUGGUAAGGCUGAACUUAAAAUCAUGGUGGUUGAUUGCCUAUGUUGUUAA